AUGAAGUACUCGAUGCUCUCUGUUGCCGCCUUCGUGGCCGCCUCUCUGGCCUCCCCAGCAUACUUCUCGGACGAGAUGGAAUCCUCCAAGCCUGGCGCCAUCACCAUCAACAACAGGUUGAAUCAGGCCAUUAUUCUGAACCCCCUUCCAGGAAAAUCGAUCGACGUCGACGACGACGACGAGUUUGAGGUCGACGCUAGCUCCGUGAAGAUUGCGGCGCAUGGCUCAUACGUAAUUCAAGACCCACCGCCAAGCGCGAGCCUGAAGCUGAAGGUGCUGUCGCAUGCGCCGCCCAUGCCGGGGCGGGGCCAGGUAGCAGUGAAGUACCACAGUCAAGGAGCCCAGUUUAGAUACACGAUCAAGCGCCUCGUCCCGCAUACCGGAUUCCCCGGCGUUGUCUAUGUUCAACCUCAGCCCCAGAGGCCGCCUCAGUGCCGUCGCUUGGCCUUGGUCCCUGGCCGCCCCGAACCCCAUCCAGCACAAUGCCGUGCCGGCACCAAACUCACAGUCACCCUGUGCCAGAAGAAUGAUUAUAACUGCCCCCCUCGUCAUCACGCCGAGUAUGAUGAGGCUGAGUGGCUUUAA